AAUUUUGACAAACGACGGCUGUCACCACGCUGUCACUCUUGUCAAAGUACGAAAAAAUAAAACAAUAUUAAUGAAAAUGUAAUAUUUUUGUGUGUUUUGUUUAAUUACGGUGAUAAUGAAUCGUCUUCCGACUACCACUGAAGACAAAGUGGAUCUUCAAAUUCAGCAAAACGUGACUAACUGGCAGUCGAAUAAUGACCCGUUGGCCCCCUUGAUGGAGGAACAACUCGACAUUAUUUACCAAAUUGGGGACAUAAUUAAGAAUCAAGCAACGGAUGAGGUUCAAGAGGAAGCCAAACAGGAGGAUCAAGAGGACACAAUGCCUGAAAUUGACACAAACAGGGCCUACAUUAAAUGGAUGGUUGCGUCUGAGAAUGAAAUCAAAUAUGAAAAUUUGAAAGAGUAUCAGACCUAUUAUGAAACCCUGUGCACCCAACGGUCCAAUUGCGAAAAAUUGUUUGAUUAUGCCAAUGAAACCACAAACUUGUUACAAGAAUUGCGAAAUAAGUACCUACAGGUGACCGCAAAAACCGAUUCUUUGCACAGCUUGAGUGAGCAAUUGAUGACCCACCAGAGAAUCCUGAAAGAAAAAAAGAAAAACCUGAAUGAAAAGUUGCACUAUUUUUUGAUUUUUAAAACCACUCAGGACAAUGUGGAGCGAUUUUCACACAGAAUUAACAGUCAGGAGUACAUUGACCAGUUGAAUAAUAUCGACGCGGCGAUGGAGUAUCUUGGGGAACAUAUGAGUUUCAAAGAGUCGCGAAUUUACAAAAUGAAAUACGAAAGUUUGCUAGUAAACGCGCUCAAUAAAAUCUACAAAGCUGUGAGUAACGUUAUCGUGGAAGCCACAAAACAAGUCCUUGAUCCUGACUCUAAAACAAACCUUGUACCUUUGAAUUCCAACACUGCUGAGUCUAUGGAUACCGCGUUUUCGCUCUAUUACGGCAAAUUUCAAAGUGCGGCGGCUAAAAUCAAGCUAAUUCUGGCACACCUGGAAGAAAAAGCGGAAAAAAACGAACAAUAUAGUACGGUAGUAAGUGAUUGUCAGAAAUUUUACGUGUCACAACGGCUACCAAUAUUGAGCACAGCCGUCUCUAAAGCGUUAUCAGAGCUGAAAGAAAGAUACAGAAACGACUAUAGCAUACUUUUCCGGUCCUGUGGCCUAUUCAUAAUGAAAACUUGUCAAGAUGAGGCUUGUUGUUACCAUUAUUUCUUCACUCAGUACUCGUCAGAGCUUAAUGACUAUUUAGGCGUUCUUUGCCAACACUUGUAUGACACUCUAAGACCCAGCUUGAUAAUUAUUAAUCACGUGGAGGUGUUAAGCGAACUUUGUGGAAUUUUACAAAAAGAAAUGCUUGCUGAGAAAACUAUCAACAACGACCAUCUUUUGAAAUACGUGGAGGUCAUCAGACAGUUGCUUCAAGACGUAGAGGAACGUUUAGUUUUUCGUACUAACAUAUUUUUCCAGCAUGAUUUAUUGUCGUAUAAUCCGUCUCCAGGUGACCUCGCCUACCCUGAAAAGUUGGAGCAGAUGGAAAACAUAACUCUAGAGUUACAAGAAGUUAGGACUGACUCUCGCGCCUCUGUGGUAUCGUUAGAGUCGCAAGAAGUGGCCAGUAUUAACUCGUCAAAUCAGUUUGCACAGUUUAGGUCAUACACUGGAAAUUCGCCUGCGGAUUUGCAUGGAAUGUGGUACCCGACUGUCAAACGAACGCUCGUAAUUUUAUCCCGACUGUACUUUUGUUUGGAUAGGGAAACCUUCCAAGGUCUAGCGCAAGAAGCUCUACUUAUAUGCAUCCAAACAGUGCAACAAGCGGCAAAUUUAAUAUCCGCACGAAAAUCUGAAAUCGACGGCCGCCUUUUCCAAAUUAAACACUUACUAAUCAUCCGCGAACAAAUCGCGCCGUUUCAGGUCGAUUUCACCGUAAAAGAAAUGAGUUUGGACUUCAGUAGUGUGCAAAAAGCGGCAGUCGAACUACUCAAUAAACGCGAUAGAUUGUUUACUUUCGGGAGCAACAACGCCCUCUUGGAAUUUCUGUUGGAAGGGACACCACGUGUGCGAGAGUAUCUAGUCGACUCUAGGAAAGAAAUCGACAAACAAUUGAAACAAGCGUGUGAAGCUUUUAUCAAUUGUGCCGCCACUGUUCUUACGGGAAAUCUACAACAAUGGAAGAGAAGGGCGGACGAAUUUUUACAAUCUAUCAACACCGAAAACAGCAACUUGACUCUCCCGCAACACCACUACGGCAAAGCUAAAGUUUUAGCCGAGGUGGUAAGCGAGACGCUGAAAAACAUGAAGGCGAAGGUUCCUGAAAUUCAAAGAUCGAUGCAGUUGUAUUUGGCGAAUCGAGAGACGGAAUUUAUUUUGUUCAGACCGAUUAAGAACAACGUGAUCAAUGUGUUUGUUCAGUUUGAACAAACGCUGGUUGCUGCUGGUUAUAGCACUGAAGAUUUAUUGUUGAUCGCGUGCCCGUCGCCAGAGCAAGUCAAUGUUUUAAUUUGCUCGGUUUCCUUGACGCUUGAGCAGGAGUAUAACAUGGGUAAACCGUCAUGAUUGUGAUCAGGAAAGUGUAAUAAAAUAUUUAUUUUUCAA